AUGGCGGCGGCGGCGGCGGCGGCGGCGGUCAAAUCGCAGGCCAUUGAUUCUGUUGCCCACAGGCGCAACUACAACGAAACGGAAACAGCCUUCAUUACCAAACUCAGCCAAAGGGACGUGUGCCUGCGGCGUCUGUACCUGCCGGUGACGGAAGACGGGAUCAUCUCGUGCAUCGUCGACGAUGUGGAGUACAAGUGGAGGUACAGGCGAGACGAGAGCUCCCAGGUGGGAGAGCUCGUUUCGGAUGAUGGCACGCGCGCCUAUACUUGGGACGCCGAGUACCUGCGCCCGAAAAGCGAUUCCGCGCUGGACUGCGGCUACGGCGUUUGGGAUGGCAUCUGGCUGACGUGGUAUUCGGCGGACAAGCGGUUCGUGAUGCGCUACCAGUGGCACUCGGCCAUCGAGGAGUUCCAUUUCGUGUCGGCCUCCCCAGCCAUCAAGACCACAUUCAUCGAAUUCCCUCCCUUCAGGUACAACGGCAAGGUGCUGCUGAGCAGCGAUCGAGCCUUCUCGUGGCGUGUGAAGGGCAACAAGGUGCCGCCGCCCGUCGUCCUCUCCUUGCAGAUCCUCUACUACCAGCAGAACGCCAAGCACAAGUAG